AUGGAGCCAAAGUUCUAUCUGCCUGCACCAACAGACACAGCUUUGUCCGAGGUUUCCUCCUGUCCAACUUGGGCGGCUGCAUCUUACAGUGCCUCUCCAAACAAUGCACAGUCUCUAUUUUCCUCCACGGGUUUUUUGAAUCUUGUUCCAACUUCCACUGGUGGUGCUACUGGCAAUGGUUUCUCACCAGUGACUGAGGGCCCCUCAAGUAUUGUGGCACCACAUCCUCUGCGAACCUCCCUUCAGCAACCUAUUCCUGCUCGUCCCAAUUACAUUUUUGGUUCAACGUACAGUUUGAUGAGCACUGCUACGCUUAUCCCUUCGGCUGCGAUCUCUUCGGGUGAAGCGGAGCCUACAAAUCGUCGAUCUCUAAUUCUCUCUAAUCCAAUAUCUCCGUCGCAACUACCUCCGCCACCUCCUUCAACAACCCUUCAUCCAGUUUCCCAGGCGCAAGCAUCUAGAACUCCUAAAGAUGACUGCGAAUCACGUCACCUUCAUGCGGCUGCAGAACUUAUCAACCAAAUGCUAGUCGAAGUGAAUGACCGUUCAAUAUGGACUUGGGAAGAUAUAACCUCCUCGCGGUUCCAACAGGCUACUCUUCUCUCUCUGCGUUCACGGAAAUCCCCCAUCCUUCUCCUCCGAUCAGCCAGAUUUUUGGAUAAGUUUGUGAAAUGUGUCGCUAGUGCAUUCGCUGAAGCAGAAGUGGGUGGUAAGUGUGCAGAAGCUAGUGAAUGUUUACAGUGUCAUCAUGGACCGCCUCAUCGCCAUUGUGAGCUUGAAUCGGAGGAAGAGAACUGUCUACAACAACCAACCUGUACUGUCACACGAUUCGCUCAAGCAGCAUUCAAUAUGGGUAUCACAUGUCCGAAUCGGCACUAUGCCUCUCGAUCCUUGCAGAUCUACCGGGCACUUGGGGCCCAGGUGGAUGAAAAGGCUCUCUCGGAAGUGCUAGUUAGACUGGUGGAAUCCGUCUCGGACUUGAAUGAUGAGGUACAGGGCUACACAAUCGAGCUACUUCUCACUCUCGAGGCUGCUGUAGAACAUAUUCGACUUCGGGGAACAAUUCUUUCUGGAGGAGGCCAACGAAAUAGUACUCUAAUCAGAUCUUCUGCACCGGAAUCACCCAUGGCUAUCUCUAAACCACCACAAACACCUCCAGUUCAUGAGCGUAGACACUCUCGCAGAGGGUCAUCUUCUUCACUCUCCAGCCUUUUGAUCAUCCCGAACGGUGGUGGAAAUUCCAGUGGAGGAGCAGCAGUGUUGGGGAAUGUUGGAGUUGGCUGUGUAGGUACGCAAGCUUCUCUCCCUCCCAUAAAACGCCCUCUUAUGCCACCACAUGCAGAAGCUAUUGGCGAAGAGAAUGAGUCUUCGGCGUCGAAUACUGCUGUUGGUACUGUCAUGGGACCGAUGAAACCAACGCCGAGUAAAGACACUAUGCCACCUCUGCCACCUAGUGCUACUAGUAAACCCUCGAAAUUGACCUCGCUUCCAAGCCUGCCUGUGGAAACUCCACCAGAGACUAAACCGGUUUCUACAAAUGGAUGUGAAAUUAAAUCACGAGCCGAAUCAAAUAACGCAGUUGAAGAUACCUCAAUGAUCGGUACCUGCCGUUUGUCAGCUGAAGAACAAGCUGAUCUUGUGUCUGGUAUAUUCUGGAUUGGUGUUUGUCUUCUUGAUUCUGACUAUGAAUACGAGUAUCUAGCUGGAAUUCGAAUACUCUCUCGGCUUCUUCCCUCUGUUUGCUCAGUACCCCAGUCGUCAAUAUUCAAAGGCCUUCCAGAUUUUCAUGAGCAUAUCCUUAAAUUGCAUCAUCGACUCAAAUGGGCUACUGGGAGCUCUGAGGAAGCUGAUUUCCCUGGUCUCCUUGGACUCUUGCUGAAGGGAUGCUUUUCUUCAACUCUUGUUGAUGCCUCAUGCCACUUGCUUGCCACUCUCAUACCGUUAGUGAAGUCCCCAGUUGUAGAUCCUUUUGCCGAAGCUCGACAAAAUCGACGAGGUCCUGGAUUGAGUGGAACUGCAGCUCGUUCGUUUGGAACUCCCACUUCAAGUUCGAACAGUGGUUCGAACUAUCCUGGACCUCUUCCAACCUUGAUAAUUGCUCUUUUACCUCUUCUUCUGACUGCGUGGGAUGAAGAUCCUGAAAGCACGCCUUCCUCUAUCGCUCCUGAAACCACGGAUGGAUGUGAGAUGUGUGCUGAAGGUACUCCUGGAAAUCCUCUUGUGACUCCUUCACUAUCCCUGAAUUCACCACCUCCCCCUCUCGGUUCUUGGGUUCAUCGAUCUGUAGUCCAAUCAGAGAACGCAGUACCAUCACCAUCAAGUGGUCACCUCUCCCUUGUUACAUUGACAAUCAUCUCUGGGGCUGCUGCUAAAAAGGCACCUCAAGUGAAACCACGAAAUCCUCUAUGUGUUCAGGCUGCAGAGAAUCUUGCUGAGUUGGCUGUGCAAUUUGACGCUUAUCGAUUCAAUAAUCUUGCGGUUGUAUUGCGUCUUUAUGCUUGUGGAAGUUUCUCAAAAGACGUCAAUCAAUGGGCUAAAUGUGUGACACGUUAUCUCAUGGAUGGAUGCUCUAAUCUUGGAUCGAAAAUUCUACCUUACCUGACUGCGUUUUUAACACUGGGUCCACCGUGUGCUCAACUGCCCUUGUUGCACUUCGCUUAUUGGUUCUUCCAAUCCGUGGACUUAAGCCAAUCGGAUAUCAGCACUAAAAUUCGAUCCUUCAUUACCUCUACCUCCGAACGGUUUGUCAAUACUCCAUUAUGGCCUGAAGUGACGCUCCUUUACCAAGUGAUUGUUGCACGAUCUGCGACCUUGACUACAGCUCCAAGUAACCCCGCGGGAGUCUUCAGUCUUCCAGGUUUGGAUCCAUCAGGUAGCGGACGAGUGUUGGAUAGCCUUGCUGCGGCAGCCGCUGCCGCUGUCCCAUUGCCUGAAGCCGAGCCUCAGAGAAUAGCUCUCGCCGGUCGUGUUUUGGAUUUUGACACCUCUAUACUAGCCUCCACUCCAUUGAUAGCUGGUGGAAAGGGUCAAGCCUCGCCACGUCUUGAUUGUACAAAUUCUGCUGCUGCCGGUGUCGGUGGUAUUCAAUAUCGGUCUUCCACUCGGAUGCCACAUCUUGCAGAGGGAUGCAAUGUACCCGUUGGCGCAUUCGCUUAUACACCAUUCUUCUUUCGAUUGGGUGCUUGGAAAACACCGUGGAAUCGACAGUCACGCCUCCGGAGCCUAUUUACAAACCUCCUAAACUGCUAUGGAUCUCAUUUAGAACACAUUACGGCACCCAGAAGUCCUUCUGUAAUAUUUAGCCAAUCGACUGAGACUCUUGAUCGUCAGCUAAGUUUGCACUCGAGUAGUGAGACAACCUCAAUCAACGAUGCUAGCAAUCCAGAUGAUGCCAACUUUGACGAUACUAGUAGUGACGAACGUGCUGCUGUGUUCCACGAUUUGGAUACUUACUUAGAUGCCCAACUGAUGAACAUUAACUUCCUCGAUUUACCGGAUCAAAAUUGGGAGGAUCAAAGAAGAUGUCCACGAUGGGGAGUACGAGGCCAUUCUAUUACCUCACAUAGUGAAUUCCACGAAGACGGUGAUGAUACUCAACAUCACCAGCAACAACCUCAAGAACAGUUAGCAAAACACUUCCAAAAUCCUUCGGGCGAUAUUGCCACCUCCAGCACUGUCGAUAAUUUUGCCAACAUUCCAUUCCAACGCGGUGAAGAUGAGAACCUCAUUGUAGAUGAAGAUCUGGUGGCCAACAAUUUUGAGGAUGUCCUGGACGCAAAUACUGCUACUAACGGAGCUGAUUUCCUCUCCUACUCUGAAUCUCAUCGUAUUCCUCCGCAGCGCCAAUCACAAUUAUCUAUUCAACUUUCUACUGCUUCUUCUGUCAAUUCUGCCUCAUUUGCUGCACCACCGCCUCCACAAUCAAGGUCAUGGCAGUCCAAAGAUGAUAGCUCCUUGAAAUGGCUUCCUGAUAUUACCUCUAUUGUUCCCCCUGUGGAAUCACCUCCACAAUCCAGGAAGCGUACUCUUUCGAUGCAACCUCCGAUAGUGUGUUCACGACGACGUCGAAAAAAUUUAGCCUCCCUGGGAGGUUCUUUGGAUUUUCUUCCUUCUCAACUUCAUCCAUUAUCCGUGCUUAAACGUAAAAUAUCUGCCCCUCAACAGCAGAAUUCAGUUGCCAGUGGAUCAACGCGGAGGAUUAACACUCAAAACUCGUCUUCCACGGUCUCUUCGGUGUCAUCUGCCUCAUUCAAGGUUAAAGAAGCACCCCAGCUCCAACCUCCUGCCAAACCUGUUCGUCGUAAGCACAGACCGUCGAGACAGAGUCUUGAACUAACUACUCUUGAUGAACCCCCGGCUGUACCUCUUCGGCUCUCCGCUAGUAGUACGGCAAUUUCGAAGACGCCGACACCCGCCGAGACAGCUUGGAUAGCAUGCCAACGUCAUUUGAAGACUCUUCAACACGCUUCAUCAUCAUCUGGAAUAGUUAGUCGAGGUGAGAUGACAAGUGGUCAGCGAGAUCGAUUGAGACUUCUGUUGACGGGCUUGCGUAGUGUCUUCGCGGGAAUGCUUCAAAGAACUACAAAGGGAGCUGUAGAAAUGGCAACCCUAGCCUUCUCACGAUGUCCUCCAAGUAGUGAUCUUGAUCCGGAAAUCCGAAUUUCGUACCUAGUUAAAAUCGCUGAGAUUGUGCGCGAUUUCCUCCCUUCGCUGUUCUUUGCCCUUCAUCCCACCAGUGUUUCUGUGCUUAAUGACCAAAUCGUGAGUCAAUGCCUUCACCUCGGCUCAAUGUAUGAGGAGUGGGAGGAAUCUGUCAAUCGUCUUUCGUUGACAUGCGCCCCUGUGGAUUCGCCAGAUUGGAAUCAGCACGAGCGUAUAUGUCGAGAUCUCCAAACCGUGUUGCAGCGUCUAGUCAACUUCUUUUCGUAUUCGGCUGAUAUCCUCUUUAAAGUGGGCAAUGACCUCCUUCUCAGUGGGAUAACUGAUUUUUCUCAUAACCUCAUUGAACCCCUCUUCAACCAGUUGCGCCAGUAUCUUCUCUCCGCUCCACCAAAAUCUCAUAUUGAGAUUUUGGAUGGCAUUGACACUUGGAAAGUGCAUUGCGGACGACGGCUUAUAUCGAAAACACCGGACGAUAGUGAUGUGACGGCAGCCUUAGGAAUUUACUCCGAAGCUAUGAAAUCCAAUACUCUAAUCUCAAUGGAUGACAUAAUGGUCAUCCUAGAGGCAUGUUGUGACCAACUCUGGCUCGAACGCAAAUCUGAAUCUGGUUUUGCGUUGCUAUUCGCUCAUGGGAGAAUUCCAGAAAUGAAGGCGUUUGAGCUGCUAACAAGCAAUCAAUCUAUGUCAUCAUUAGUUUUUACUACAGACAAUCUCUUGGAAUCGAAUGGUCAGAGCGUUCUUUCACCCUCGGAACUUACUGCUAAGUUGCAGAAACUCCUUGAAUGUUAA